AAACUUUACCAGAUAAUAUUUUAUACUGAUUACAAAAGAUUAACGAUCCUGAGAUAAAAUUAGUGAUGUUGUGUCAUCAUAGUGUUCUUAUCAUGCAAAGUCUAUAAUCUGAUGUCAAUGUUAUUUACACAAUAGAUAACAAGGUGGUAAAUAUCAGGUAUUUAGUGUUAAUGCAUGCACACAAUGAAAACAUAUCUUCUGAAAUAAAAAUGAAGAAUGUAUUGAUAGCUAUGGAUGGAAGCAAAGAGUCUGUAUAUGCGUUCAAUCAAUACGUGGAAAAAAUACACAACACAAACAACUACGUGAUAUGUGCUCACUGCGCAGAAUACGUAGAGGCGGAUCCCGGGGUUCUCUCUAUUGCUCAAGUUGGUUACGAUGUUAUUGAGGGAUUGGUAGAAGAAGACGAAAAGCGCAUAUUGUCAAUUCUGGACAAAAUGGAGAGCUUACUCAUAUCUAACCAGGUAGAAGGGGAGGUGAUCAGACUCGAAGGUGAUCCUAAAACCGCCAUCAUUUCAAAAGCCACAGACGUAAAUGCAAUAAUGAUAGUUGUUGGGUCACGUGGACUUGGGAAAAUCAGACGCACGCUUUUCGGGAGCGUCAGUAAUUUUGUGAUUCAUCAUUCUCCUGUGCCCGUGGUCGCUUGUAAAUACGAAAUGUGAUUUAUAAUUUUAUUCAUUUCCACUGAUUUCAUUUAAUAGAGGUGUCACAAACUAAUACUGGUUUGAAUUUUUUGUGAAUUUGUUUGUUUGUUUCUUUCUUCCUUGUUUUGUCUUCGAUUUAUUUUGUUUCGACUGGAAAAAAUAUCUAAUUUUAUUAAACCUGAAAACAGAAAGCCAAUUUGCAGACUAUUCAUAGAAUUGGGCAGAUAUAAUAACACAUCCAGAUCAGAAAGAAUAUGUAAAAAUUGUACGCUUAAUCAAAUUAAAGACGAAGAAUACUUCCUUAUUCACUGUAGCAAAUUUACAUAGGAGAAAGAAGAUCUAUUUCAUCUGAUUUCAUCAAAAGUAAAACAUUUUACAGAAUUGCCUGAUAAACAAAAAUUAUUCUGGAUUCUAAACUGUGAAGAAUUAGAUAUACUAAACUCUCUUGGAAGAUUUUUACAAAAAAGCAUUACCAUAAGUUUUAGGAAUAUGACAUUUUUUAAAAAUUAUUGAUUAUGUAAAAGUAUGAUACUUUCAAGUAUAUGAUUUAAUAAUGUAUACAUGUAUAUG